GCGCCCAAAACCGUUUUCUUUCUUUCUUUCUCUUACCUUUUAUUUCUCUCUCUCUUCUUUCUUCUCAACGCACUCUCUUCAAUUCUCAUUUCAUUUUACUUCUCCUUCUCUCUCAUUCUCUUGCGAUCCACACUGUAUGUUAACCAUUAGUCUCUCCAGCUUCUUUACAACAUUUGAAAACCUCUUCCAAUCCAACUGACAUUCCGUGUAUAUGAUUUGUGAAUACCUUUAGUUUUAUUUGUUUAUCUUUUACCAUCUCAAUCUCACCUAAUACAUCAACUCAAUUACAUCAUUAACCGAUUCUCUUCAACAAUUUUCGAAUACAUAAUAUUAUAUAAUUUAUAUAAUCUAAGAUGAAUUCUCUCAAUUGUAUUGCUUUAAUAAUCAUCAGUCUAACUGCUUUUACUUCAGUAACCGUUGAUGGACUCGAAUGCUGGAUGUGUAAAGGAAACAUAAAUCCUGGUUGCAAUAGUCCAUUUGUUGGUCAAGUAUUUGCCAAAAAAAAGUGCGCUGAUAAUGAAAAGGUUUGCCUGAAGAUAACACAAAAUGUUAAUGGUGAAACUUUCCAUGUCCGUAAAUGUGGAGUUCUUGAUCCAAGUCUACCGGAAACACCAGAAUCCAUGGGCUGUAAGGACGUCAGCGACAGGGGAUUACCCACCGUCGAGGAAUGUAUCUGUAAUACCGACGGAUGCAAUGGAUCAGGCCGAUUAAUAGCCUUCGGCGUUAUCUCAGUUUUACCGUUAAUCAUUUACUCUCUCCUGAUAGCUUAGAAUUAGCAUUUAAUCUAAUUGAUUCCAUCCCUCUGAUCAGUAUUAAUUUGAACUUCUUUUCCUCGAUAAUUAUUAUUAUCAUCGUCUCUCUAUUUGUGAUAAUCAAUUUGUUCAGGAUUUUGAGUUCGUGUCAAGUAUUAUUAUUAAUAUUUUUUUCUUGCUUCUUAAUUUAGUUAAGGGAUUUGCUCAACAGUUAAUUUGAUUGACUGGUUAAUUAACAGUUAACGUUAAAGAAAGUAUGAUUCAGAUUAAUUAGUUAGGAUAAUUGUGAGAACAACAAAUUUACUGUUUAAUUUAAUUAUCUUUUCUAAUUGCUGAUCUAAAAGAGCCUCAACAAUCAACUAAUAAUUCCAAUGAAUCUCAAUGUAAUAUUUUUGUUUCUCUCUCACGAUUCCAAUUGUUGCUAAUUGUUUUAAUCACAAUCAAACUUUAAUCAAGAAUCAAGAUCCAUCCUCUUUUUAUUCAAUUGACAAUUUAAUUGAUUUAAUUUGAUACAAAUUUGAUUUUUUCAUUGUACACAAAAACAAAACAUCUCGAUUAAAUUAUCAAAUUGUUAUCACAAUCAAUUUGAUUAAUCAUCUAGCAAAUAACAUCUCAUUUUAAAUCAGUUAAAUGCUAAUUGAAAUUUACAACAAUUAACAAAUUGAUCAGCAAUCUAAUGGCAAUUUAAUUUAUUUCUGCCAAAUCUUAUUCACAAUCUGACACAAUUAAAGCUAUUUAAUUGUUUCAUUGCAUGUUAAUCAUUUCCAGACACUAAUUAACUAAUCAUCAAGGUGACCAAAGGAUUAAUCUGAAAAAUUAGCAAAACAAUCAACUAAAUUGUUCAGAUCAAAUCUAUAAAUACAAGAUUUAAUUGAUUAACUCAAUCAAUUGAUUAAGCAAUUAAAACUUUCUAUAUCAAUUUCAAUGUUAGUUAAUUUAAUAGCUUUAAAACUAGCAAUUUAAUUUAAUUACUUUAUUUUACUUUACAAUAAUCAAGCAAAAAGUUAAUGAAAGUUAAAUCAAUUAAUGAUUAAAUCACGCAAUUAACAAAAUAAUAAGUGAAACUGAUCAUGCAAACAAUUAAAUCUGAUCAAGACAAAAUCUCGUAGCAAAGAAUCAGUUAAUUGUGAUUAUGAAAGUAAAAUUUACAAGUUUGAUUAUCCGAAAGUGAUGUUACAAUUAACUUAAUCAUCUCAUUAAUUGUAUUAAAUUGUUAUAAAAUAAUGGACGAUGAACCAAAUCAACGUACAGAUUAUUUUCAAAACCAAUUAACUGAUUAUUUCAUUUACUAUACAUUUCUAGAAUUAAACUAUUUGUCUAAAUCAGUUUCUAAUUGUCAUCAUUAUUUAUCAAUUGUUGGUUUGUUAAUUGUUACCUCAUAUGUAAUACGAGCCUUAAUUUUCACCCAAUUUACAAUUAAACCAAUUAUCGCAAUUUACCUUGGUGAUUAUGCCACAAUCCUUGAUAAUAUUCACGAUACCGUUUGGUUUAUUAAUUGUUUAUGGUGUUUGUGUACAAUUUACUGUUGGAAGUUAAUUAAACAAUCAAAUUGUUCAAUUAAAAAGCAGCAAUGGUUUAAAUUGUUAAUCAUGACAAAUCUUUCACCGAUCAAAUCAGUCCGAUUAGCAUUUAAAUUGUCAUUUACUUGCAUGAAAUUAUCAACAAUUGGAGGUAUAUUAUCAGCUUUAUCAUUACAUUUACCACAAUUAGUUAAUUCAGAUCCAUUAAUCUCAUUGGCUACAACAAUUAACGGUUUAAUUGCUGCAUUUGGCUCGUUUAAUGUUGUAACUAAUUGUGUUAAUUUUGGGAUAAUUUUCAGUUUCUAUGCUUUCACAAUUGGUCAAAAAUUUCAAUUGAUUAGUAAAUUGUUUCGAUCGUAUCUUAUUGACCAGUUUAAUUGUGAAAAAACAAUCACAAUCAAAGUGAAUCAGCUGAUUGUUUUACUUCAGGAUGUUAAUCAAACUCUUAAUUUCUGGUCUCAAUUAAAUAGUUGCAUCUUUAUCUGUACAUUUUUUGCUCAAAUUUUAAUUUUAUAUUUAGUUUUUUUCGUCUCGUUAAAUUUGAUCACUCGAACUGUUUUAAUUGCUCUUGGACUGAUUAACUUAAUUUGUGGUCAAUCAGUUACCUUUUUUACUGGAGCAUACGCAAGAAUUAAGUUUGAUGAAUGUCGCAAACAAUUAAAUCGGAUCAUAUUUAUCAGAUCCAAUCAAUUCACAAUUAACUCUAAAAUAAAGCUAAUUGUAAUCUCUGAUUAUCUGAUUGGUCGUAAAUUAUUUACUGUAUUUGAAACUCUUGAGAUGAACAAUUUAAAUUACCUAAUGGUCGCUAUUGAAACCGCUUCUCAUUUACUCCUUGUGAUUAUCAAUUCCAACAAAUCAACAAUCAAAAUUAACCAAUCAACCUCUUGAAGAGGAAAAUAAUCAAUCAACAUGGGCGAUAAUUGUUCUGAUAUUGUAACAAUUAAGUUGUGACUCUUUAAUCAACUGAAUUUGAUUUUUUCUUUGAUUUCUGA